AAAUCACUCCUCCCGCCACAAAAAAUAUUCAGUCAAACCGCAAACGACCGUCGUUAGAAAACAAAAGAUGCAGAAAGCACUGAAAGUUUACGGCGGAGUUCUCAGGCUAGUACGGCAACUACCGGCCGACACAAGGCCUUAUUACGCUAAAUUCGCGCGCGAAAACUUCGUUAACUUCAGGGAAGUUGAUGCAAAUGACGAUACUGCCCUCAACGAGCACUUUCGCCGAGCUUAUAAUCACUCUAUCUGGGUCCUCAACAAGUAUUCGGUUAAUGAAUCAGUUGCUGAUGAGUUGAAGAAGAUAUGCUGUGGUUAGUGUUUUGAAGAGGAGAAUAUUUUGCACGCCAGGUGUUUGUUAAAAUGCUCCAAUGAGUGAAAAACAGAGUUUUUAUUAUGUUUUACAGUUUGUGAUAUUAAAUUUGUUUUGGAGUGUUUUUUCUUUAAAUGGAUACUAAAUGGGUUUAUUUUUUUUGAAUAAUUAUGAAUAACUCAGAAAUUGAUUUGAUUUGGUUGAA